UGAUUAUUUUUACUUAAUUUUGAUAACCUUACACCUAAUAAAAUCAUAACAUUUUGUGAUAACCAACGUUUUUAAACUCAAUUAAUUCGUUAAUUACAUAAUUAUGGAAAUAUCUUUUAAAGGGAAAAGGGCUUUAGUUACAGGAGCUAGCCAAGGUAUUGGAAGAGAUAUUGUAAAACAAUUAGUGGCAUGUGGGGCCCAUGUAAUCGCUAUAAGUCGAUCGAAAGAUCUUUUGGAAUCCUUAAAAUCGGAAACUUCUAACGUUGAAAUAAAAACCGCUGAUUUAUCAAAUUGGGAAGAAACCGAAAAUGUUCUCAAAGACAUUGGACCAAUUGACUUAUUAAUUAAUAACGCAGCCGUUGCACUUUUAGCCCCAAUUCUUGAAAUAACCCAAGAACACAUUGAUAAAUCUUUCGAUUUAAAUAUUAAAUCAAUCAUACAUAUAACACAAAUUAUUGCUAAAAAUAUGAUUGCAAGAAACAUUUCCGGUUCAAUCGUUAAUAUUUCCUCACAAGCUUCCAUGGCCGGAUUAAAAGAUCACGGCGUUUAUUGUGCUACAAAAGGUGCUCUGGACGCUUUUACACGCGUAGCUGCCGCGGAAUUUGGUGCUUACAACAUAAGGGUUAAUUGUGUGAACCCCACGGUGAUAAUGACAGCGAUGGGAAGAAUUGGAUGGAGCAACCCUAAAAUAGCUGAUCCGAUGAAAGAAAAAAUUCCUUUAAAACGAUUUGGAGAAGUACGUGAAGUUACCGAUGCCGUUUUAUAUCUUUUAAGCGAUAAAUCGAGUUUGAUUACCGGAUCUUGUUUACCGGUGGAUGGUGGAUUCCUUGCUAUUUAAUUAAGAAGAUAAGAAAUUAAAAAUGUUUUUUAUUAUUUUAAAUAAACAAUAAAUUGUAAAAAUUA